CAAGCUCUUCUUCUCCGUACAAAGCUAGGCGGCCGUUCUCAAUCGACUCUAUCUCUCAUUUCGUUCUUCCUCUCAACCCAGAAGCCUCUCAUUGUUUCCUCCGUCUCCGUUGCUGCAAUCCACGCUGUCUGAGCCACCACCGGCUUCUACGCCACAAUCUUACCGUAGACCUAAACUCUUUCCUCAGUCUCAAUCUUAACUGCUCCGCCGCCGGAUAUCAGUAACUGGUGGUUGGAGAAAACAUGGCCGAGUCAACUUCUCUGACGUCUGAGCAACUCUUGCCGAGUGAUCUCAUCUGACGAAUUACAAAGGCGCGCGUCUUCUUUUUCCGUCAUCGUCUCUCCCGUCUUAUAUUUCAGUCUCUCCUCUUUGUCUCUCCCAUGGCCAGAAACCUGUACGCACAUGAUCAAAAAGUGCAGGCAGUGAAGAAUCGGGAAGAAUGUCUAUAAAAAACGCAGUCGAUAAUUUUGCAGAUUUUCUAAGGUAUAUUUGAAACUGAAAGGCUUGAGAGAGACUUGCCAUAACUUCAAAUAACGACAGGGAAUAUUUUUGUUCUGGGAUGGCUGCGCUUCUCUGAAGGUUCCAAUUGUUGGGACAUUUUGAUGACACUCGGGGGCUCCCAAAUUGCUGUCAAAAGCACCUAGGAAAGUCAAAGAGUUGUUGAAUUCCUCUUGAUUCUUGUGAAAAAGAUGGGCUAUCAUGUCUUGCCCAUGCAAUGUUAUACUUCCUAUUAUCAAGAGAAAAAGGCUUCCUAAAUCAGUUAAGGACCUCCCUCCAGGCCUUUGAAGUUAUUUCCUGUGUGCUUGUCUGGUUUCAUUGUUCUCUAGCCCAAAAAAUGGCAAAUCUUCCUGUGUCAUUUUCAAUUCAAGCAGGCCUUCAAAAACCAAAGGCCAUUGAAGCAUCUCAGCUUAGUGAAUGUAAAUAUGGAAGUAGAUUGUCUGGAUUUGAUACCCCAGGUGUAGAAAGAAAGAAAGUUUGUACAGCAAUGCACAGUAUCAUUAGCCCAUUUUACCAGAAUUUCACUACAAGAUUGUAUGGUACAUCCCGACUAUCCAUCAAAGAAAGUAAAAGGCAAGUUGCUAAAUUUACUGAAGUUGAAGAUUUAAGAAGUGCAUUGAGUUUUUUGUUCAGGACAGAAAUUGGCGGUCAGGUUAAAGUUUAUGUUAUCAAGAAAAAUGUCAAGUAUUUUGUGUAUAUUGAGGUCUCUUCCUUACAAUUACAUGGUGAAGGAUUGGUGUUGUGUUGGGGUGUGUAUAGAGCCAAUUCAUCAUGUUUUGAGCUUCCAGAUUUUGAAAGUUCAGCUACAGAUACAAGAACAGGGAUGAAUCUGAGCCCAUUCCAACAAUCAUUGUCAGGCAACUUUACAAUUGAGUUGGAAUUUGAUGCCAAACAAGUUCCCUUUUAUUUCUCAUUUAUCCUGAGAUCAUCAUUGAAUGCCGAGUCAAGUGCAUUUGAUAUUAGAAGUCAUAGAAAAACAAAUUUCUGUGUGCCAGUUGGUUCUCUUCCAGGGCAUCCAGCUCCGCUGGGUCUCUCUUUCUCUCCUGAUGGUUCAAUGAAUUUUGCUAUUUUCUCAAGGCAAGCAGAAGGUAUGGUUUUGUGCUUGUAUGAUGAUACCAAUCUUGAGAAACCUGCCUUAGAGCUUGAUCUAGAUCCUUUUGUCAAUCGAUCUGGUGAUGUAUGGCAUAUUUCGUUUGAAAAUGCUUGGACAUUUGUGAGUUAUGGUUAUCGUUGCAAAGGAGCUCUUUUUCAGCAAAACAAGGAUGAUAAUUAUAACAAGCAUGUUCUUCUAGAUCCAUAUGCAAAAAUUAUUGGGAAUUCUUUUCCUAAUGGUUAUGAAUCAGGUUUAACUGCAAAGUUUCUUGGGAGGUUGUGCAAGGAACCUGAUUUUGAUUGGGGUGAUGAUUUUCAUCCAAAUUUACCAAUUGAAAAACUAGUGGUCUAUAGAUUAAAUAUUGAGCACUUUACUCAGCAUAAGUCUAGCCAGCUACCUACUGGUUUAGCUGGGACCUUUGCUGGUUUGGCUGAGAAGGUGCAGCAUUUUAAGGACCUUGGCGUUAAUGCAAUUCUUUUGGAGCCAAUCCUCACAUUCGAUGAACAAAAAGGACCAUAUUUUCCUUGUCACUUCUUUUCUCCAAUCCAUAUUUUUGGACCAUCUGGUGGUCCCAUAUCUACAAUCAACUCUAUGAAAGAGAUGGUGAAAUAUUUGCACGCUAAUGGGAUUGAAGUUCUUAUGGAAGUUGUUGUGACCCAUACUGCUGAGGUGGGAGCACUGCAAGGAAUUGAUGACUUAUCCUACUAUUAUGCAAAUGGAGUUGGUGAUUCGAACAUUCAAAGUUCCCUGAAUUGUAACUAUCCUGUAGUGCAACAAUUGAUUUUGGAUAGCCUUCGGCAUUGGGUUACUGAGUUUCACAUCGAUGGCUUCACUUUCAUAAAUGCUUCACAUCUGUUGAAGGGGUUUCAUGGAGAACACUUGUCUCGACCUCCAUUGGUUGAAGCAAUUACUUUUGAUCCAUUACUAUCCAAGACCAAGAUCAUUGCAGAUUGCUGGGAUCCAUACAACAUGGUUUUCAGGCAAACUCGGUUUCCUCAUUGGAUGAGAUGGGCAGAAAUGAAUGCUAAUUUCUGUAAUGAUGUGAGGAAUUUUUUGAGGGGUGAAAGCCUUGUUAGCAACCUUGCAACUAGAAUUUGUGGGAGCGGGGACUUGUUUUCUGACAGACGAGGCCCUGCAUUUUCUUUAAAUUAUGUUUCCAGGAACUUUGGACUUUCUCUCGUGGACUUGGUCAGCUUCAGCAGUGGGAAACUAGCUUCAGAAUUAAGCUGGAAUUGUGGAGAAGAAGGGCCUACUAAUAAUAGGCAUGUCCUUGAAACAAGACUUAAACAAAUCCGUAAUUUCCUUUUCAUCUUGUUUGUGUCAUUAGGAGUACCUGUUCUGAACAUGGGAGACGAAUGUGGUCUGUCUUGUGGGGGUUCUCCUGCAUAUGGAGACAGAAAGCCUAUAGAUUGGAGUGCUUUAAAUUCAGGUUUUGGUAAGCAAAUCUUGCAAUUCAUUUUGUUUUUGACUACACUUAGAAACAGGCGAAGUGAUCUUUUCCAGAGACGAAGCUUCUGGAAGGAAGAAAACAUAGAAUGGCUAGGAAGUGCUCUAGCUCCUCCAAAAUGGGACGACCCCUCCUGCAAGUUUUUGGCCAUGACUUUGAAGGUUGAAAGAUCUGAAACUUGUAAUUUAUCAGCAGGAGGUGAUUUAUUUGUUGCUUUCAAUGCAGCUGAUCAAUCAGAAACUCUAGUUUUACCCCCACCUCCAGAAGGCAUGUCAUGGUGUCGUUUAGUUGAUACGUCUCUUCCAUUUCCUGGUUUUUUCUCUUCCAAUGGUGAAUCUGUCCCUGUCCCUGAGCAGAUUGCAGGAUUGUUUGCUUACAAAGUGAAGUCUCACAGCUGUAUUUUGCUCGAGGCAACCUACCUUGAUAGCUAAAAAUUGUUUUGUUGUUUAAUGAGGUAAAUAAGUUUUACGACUCCUUUGUAUAUAUUCAAUAAUUUGUUUAUGGUGAUUUUCCUACAUUCAAGUGAUAAUUCUUUUUCCUUUGUCCUAGCUCCACAGUGACUGUAAAUAACUAGAUCCUGAUCCCUUGUGCAAUAUAUGGAAUCCGAGACUGAAAAUCACAUUGUUAUGAGUAGCAACUUUGUGAACAAUGUGAUUUUUUUAUUAGCUUUUAUACAAAUAUUCAUAUUGAUUUCUGUGUUUCAAA